AUGGUUGAGAACUUCAUAGGAGUGGGUGUGGCUUUUCAACCAAAAUUUGGAUAUUUUAGAAGAGUGGUUUCAAAGGUUUUUGCAGUGAUAACUAUAAUUGAUGAUAUAUGGGAUGUAAAUGCCAUUGAUGAACUUCCAGACUACAUGAAAAUUUGUUUCCUUGCACUUAAUAACUUUGUCAAUGAAGUGGCUUUUGACUUCCUCAAAGAAAAUGGACGCAACAUCAUUCUACACAUUAAGAAAGUGUGGGUUGAUCUCUGUAAAUCAGAUCUAGUUGAGGCAACGUGUUCUACCAAUAAGCAGGAUUCGAUUCGGUUUGAAGAAUAUUCUAAUGUUAUUUGCUAUGUAUUAACCAUUUUUCGCCUCGUCAAUGAUUUGGGAAUAGCAAAGCGGGAAAAGGUGACUGGAGACAUACCCAAAUCAGUUGAGUGUUAUAUGAAUGAAACUGGGGCUUCUGAAGCUAAAGCUCGUAGGCAGAUAAAUUCCUUGAUAUGUGAAACUUGGAAGGAGAUGAAUAAAGAAGUUAGCAAUUCCUCUUGUUCAGGGAGUUUCAUGGAAGUUGCUGUGAACCUUGUAAGGAUGUGCAUGUGCGAGUACCAACAUGGAGAUGGCCAUAUUGUUCAAGACGAUGAAACCAAGAAACGUAUAAUAUCAUUGUUUUGCCAGCCUAUUGCUUGA